UUUUAUUUUUUUUAAAUGGGUGACUCAGAAUUUAAACAGAAUUUGAACAAUGAAGAUGAACAACAGUACUUGGACCAUAUAAAAAAAAUAUUAGAAAAAGGACACAAAAAAAUGGACAGAACUAGAGUUGGCACACUUUCAUUGUUCGGCGCUCAAAUGCGUUACAAUUUAAUGGAUGGUGUUUUUCCACUGUUGACAACAAAAAGGGUGUUUUGGCGUGGUGUCGUUGAAGAAUUAUUAUGGUUUAUUAAAGGAUCAACAAAUUCUAAAGAAUUAUCUGAAAAAGAUGUAAAAGUUUGGGAUGCUAACAGCACACGUUCAUAUUUAGACUCAAUUGGACUUACCAAUCGUGAAGAAGGUGACUUGGGACCCGUUUAUGGAUUUCAAUGGCGACAUUACGGUGCUGAGUAUGUAGAUGUACACACAGAUUACUCAGGGAAAGGCAUUGAUCAACUUCAAAACGUCAUCAAUACAAUCAAAACUAACCCUGAUGACAGGCGAAUGCUUAUGAUUGCAUGGAAUCCAUGCGAUGUACCUAAAAUGGCCUUACCACCAUGUCAUUGUCUGGUACAGUUUUUUGUCGCCGAUGGGUAUUUGUCCUGUCAAAUGUACCAACGAUCGGCUGACAUGGGUCUAGGGGUACCCUUCAAUAUUGCCAGUUAUUCAUUACUUACAUACAUGAUAGCCCAUGUCACCGGAUUGAAACCAGGUGAAUUUAUUCACACAUUGGGCGAUAGUCACGUCUAUCUGAAUCAUAUUGAUGCACUCAAAAUACAACUUCAAAGGAAACCUAAACAAUUUCCCACACUAACUAUCAAUAGAGAAGUCAAAAGAAUAGAUGAUUUCAAUUUUAGUGACUUUACAUUAAAUGGUUAUGUUCCGUACCCAAAAAUAUCAAUGGAUAUGGCUGUAUAAAGAGGAUAGUAUGGAAUAUACAUGCAUGAAAUCAACAUAUAUUUUAAUAAAAUAGUUUAUAUUGAUUAAUUUAAGUUGAAUAUAUGCAUACAUAAUAUUUGUUCAAAUAACAGUUGAACAACGUAUACAUAGUAAUUAAAAAUUUAUAUGAGACGUUCACAGCUUUUAAAUAAUUAAAAAAAAAUAAAAUUUAAGCAUUUGAGCAGUACUAAUCUUGGCAUAUUUUUUUUUUA